AUGAGAUGUAUUGAAAGCUGGUAUCAGAUCUGUUUAAUUCAUCAAAAAAAAAACUCCAUCGUUCAUAACAUGGAAAUUUCUCAAACUUACCAACAGCAAACUGAACAUCAAGAUGAACAACUGGAAACUUACCAAGAUCAAACUGAACAUCAAGAUGACCAAUUUGAAUCUGAAGAACAAAAGGUUGAAGGACAUUUACGAAGACUUCUUUCUUCUAAUGAUCCGGAUGUCAAAAAUAUCUUAAAAAGGCUUAUAAAAGUGGUUAAUAUGAAAAGAUUUAAAAUUUUCAGGGAUGAUCCCGGUAGAUCUGACAUGAUGUCUGAUAUUGCUAUAUAUUAUCUAUUCACAAUCAGUCGCGGCAAUAGAAAUAAAAGACAUAGUAAAAGUGAAGAAAGGAUAUGCCCGAGAGGAUAUAAAUUAAUAACACUUGACAUUCAUCAGAAAGUGUCAUCAAAUUUAGUUGAAGUUGUAUGUGGAAAUGAUUACACAUACAUGAGGGGAAAAGAGCUAAUCCGUUUUAAUAGUCUGGUAAACGUGACUGAAGUGGUAUGGACCGGAAACGAGGAUUAUUUUGCAAGUCAUGUCCUAGUCUAUUCUAAAGGUAAAAAGAGUUUUAUAGCUUUAGUACUGAAUAAACGGAAAGUGCUAUUUCUAGAGAGAAAAAACUGGGACGGGAAAUGGAAAGAAAUGCCAACGAUGUUUGACAUUAACGAUUUACGCGCGUUUAGUGACGAUUUUGGUGUAUAUCAGGAUUUUUACCGUGAUGUGGACUCGGAUUUACGGUUUUACUAUGAUAUGCGCAGGUAUUACAAUUAUUACUCGGAGAUUGAGUUUUAUGACCAUUUUCUCAUUAUUUUAUACCCGUUUGUGGUAGAAAAGGUCAAGUACAAGGACAGAAUAAUUUUUGAACAAAAUGACUCAAGUGGAAUUCUAUUAUGUUUAUCAGUUGAUCUCUUUACACUUGAGAUAAAACCUCAGUUAUUCAAGAAUAUUUUAAAGUCUAUUCCAGUAAAUUGUGAUUUUGGAUACCAUCUGACUCCGGAACAGAGAGAAGGUGAGAAGGCUAUAAAUUAUAAAGAAAGAGCUGCAACAGCUUUGGAUAAUUAUUUUAAUAGUUUUCGAAUAAUUACGGUGAGUGAACGCAGUAAACUUAGAGCUAUAAAUUUUGUUUUAUCAAGAAUUGUAUUUGUGGGUAGAUGUUUCGGUAGCUCCUUCUGCGAAUCAAUAAAACAUGUCCUGGAUCGUAAGUUUAGUAUAGAUUAUAACGAUCAAUUACUGUUUGAGAAUAUACAAGUGGACCUUGGGACAAAUAAAUACGGGAAUCCAGACUGCGGAAAUAGCGAAAAUUGUAAAUCUUACAAAGCGAAUAAUUGGGAACUUAUUAAUAAAAUAGUUGAAGGAGAUAAGUUAAUUUGGUGUAAAAAGAGAAAUGGACUUUUCGCAAAACAAGUCCAUUACUAUAUUGACGAUGACAAGUGGUUAAUAAUUGUCCUGGAAAACAACACAUUUAAAUUCCUUUACAGGGCGUCAAAUUCUGAUGUCUGGGUUGAUAAAUCAACAGAAAUGUUCAAUACUGAAGAUCUAAAGGUCAUUAGAAAAAACUCAUUAAGACUCUCGAGGAUUGAGUUGAAGUUUAAUUUUACAGAGUCAUUUUGUAUGAUUAAUCUUGGUGACGCUGUUACUGUUAGUUAUAAGGAUUUCUCUCAUAAUUUUGAGGACUGUGGAGAAGAUGUUUCAGUCUGGUUCAUUUACGACGUAAAGACAAAUAAAUCAGAAUUAGUAACAUGCCCUUUAAAAUAUGACAUGGAACUCACAGAACUCAAUUAA